AUGUCUCUGACCAUGCGACCUACCCUUCUACCGCAAUGCACAUCAUGCCUACGACGCAUCAGCAGCCUGGGCCUACAAGAAUGGCGUAGCGGACACCAAGUUCGCGGCAAGAAAAAGAUGGCACACGCUCCUACCACCGUCACAGUUCGACUCACCAAGGAUGUGCCGACUUUUGGUCGCAAGGGCACCUACGUUCCCAUUUCCAUUGGCCGUAUGCGCAACGAAUUCUUCCCGACAAGGACAGCCGAAUAUGUGACACCUGCGCAAUUGAAGGAGAUGAAGGCAAAGAACAUCACGGCCGAACGAGACUUCCAAUUCGGCGUGCCCGAUCCGGCUGCGGUCAAGGCCAUUGAGCAGCAAUCGCAGCGCUCAGCCACACGCACUGUUGAAGUUGAAAAGUUAGCGCCCAAGCGCUCAAUCGAACUUCUUUCCAUGCUUCUUCCUCCAGUCAUGGACUUCCGACGCAGGCCUCAGGAACCUGUUGCUCCUGUCCCCGAAACACCAGCCGCCCCUGUCAAGAAGGAACGAGGCUUCUCUAGCGCCGCUGCAGACCUCCUCGCAGCACAAGCUGCUCCCACUACAUCUUCUUCCAGCUCUGCAACACCAAUCUUCGGUACUGUCUCCAAUGCCGACGUGGUCAGCAGAAUCACCCAUCUUCUUUCCGAGAACCAAGAAGCCUCGCGAAUCGUCCUGAGUGCAGAAGAUGUUAAGUUUGUCAACCUCUCAACGCAAACAACUGCCGAGGCCGACAAGAUCAGACACCUGGGAGAAUACAAGGUCGAGGUUAGAGUAAAAGGAGGAGAAACACCCGUCGAGAGACUCGUCCGCGUAGUACCCAUCGAGACUGAGAGUGCCACUCUUCAGUCCAGCAGCUCUUAA